AUGUCUUCUGCUUCUUCAUUGGCAGCUGUUAUAACACAGGCUAGACUUUUGCAAGCCACGAACUACGCAGACGUCUCCGCACUCGCCCUCUGGAUCUACGACUACCUCCAAACCUUCCACUUCGAAAUUACGCUUUUCUGGCUCGCAGGGAAUUAUCACAACCGAAUAUCCCUCACAUCUGCCCUUUUCCUCCUAAAUAGAUAUGUAUUUCCUUUGUCGAUGUUCCUGUUGGUGAUCAUGGCAGGACCAGGAAGGAUGGACGAGAGCUCCUGUUCCGCGCUCGGGAUAGCCUACUAUAUCUUGGUACCAAUCACACUAGUCACUUCAUCCGCUCUUCUUAUAGUCCGCGUAUACGCUCUCUAUGGCCGACGCAAGUCGAUUCUCGUCGUUUCGGGGGUGAUCACUGCUGCUCGCCUGGCUUUGGACAUCGUCUGUGGUCUGUUCUGGCAAACGACGACAUCGACGCUCGGGACGUCAUAUGCCCCAUUUUCGCGUUGUCGAGGGGCGAUUAAGACGGAUGUGACGGCGAAGUAUCAAAGCGCACAGAUCGCUAACGUUGUCCUUGCGCUGAUCUUCGACCUCGGCGUAUCGGUGCUUACGCUGUUAAAGACUUAUAGACAUGCGAUGGCGGUGAGGAGGAAUGGAGGUACUAGUGUUACGAAUAUCAUGUGGAGGGAUGGGGUGGUUUACUUCCUGAUUAUGCUUCUCAUCGCCGUUAUUUCUGUUGUCGCUGUCAUCCUUCCGACUACAUCGAGCAAAGGCCUCUCCAGCACAGGAUCAACCUUCCUCACUCUCCUGUCCCCAUUUCUCGCCACGUCGACUGCCCAAUAUCGCAAUCAACCGCCUCUUCCUCAACCUCCGCUCCUUCCGUCCCGACUCUUCCGCAAGUACAUCUUCAACUUCAGAAACCGUAACCGGCUUCGAGUGCUAUCCGAACAGUACUGGAACUCACACAGAACUCUCUACGAUGCCGCGAAGUCCUCGAAGACCGGGAAAAAAGAUGUAGCAAUGAGAGACUCGGAUCGUGACGCACAGAGCUCUGAGGUAGGAGCGAAGGGCAGGGGCUCAGCAACAUGUAUACGAGGAACAAACCGGGGAUUUGUCAAUGAACUCUCCUUGGUUUUGAGUGCAUCCAUCGACGUCUACGGAAAGGCGAACAAGAAUCCGGGCGGGAAAGGGACCCGCCCGAAACUGGUGUUGAACAGACGAGGUACAAGGACAGCUACGCUACAAGUAUAA